AUGGCAUCCUGGCAGAGAAUCGUCAUAGCUCUUGUCCUUUUGUUUGUCUUAGCUUGUUGCGCAAGUGUAGGGAAAGCUAGGGUAAAGAAGAGAAGGGAUCGAGGAAAGGGAAAAAAUCCACUUAGAGACCGAGAAACACUGGAAACACUCCAACAACUAUGCCAAAGGAAUGGGUCAGGAAGCUCGAGAAAGAACAUUUUGGAGCUGCAAGCGUUUUUCGAUCUCACCAAGGUACGAGCUAUAAAAACUGUCAAUUUAUUUUCUGCAAAAUCAGACUUGACAAUUGGUGUCUUUUGCCUUAGCAUCAUGAAGCUUAGAUGCGUUUAAUUCUUAUUUUUUUUAAACGUUUUUAGUCGUUUGCCUGCUUGAAGGUGGAAACGUGUUCAAGGGUUCCCGUUUGCUUUGUGGAAGAUACCCCAGAUCUGGAGCACUCAAGUCUCAACAACUGCGCUCUGUGGAAUCUGCUCUUCAGUGGACUACAGGUAAGCAAAACAAGCGCGCUUUAGUGUGUGUCCUAUGGGUAGAACUUUUUGUCGUGUAUAGAUAGCUUUACCACGAAUCGCACAAGGGUAACUUUUGGUGCGUAUUCAGCCCCCGAUUCUCGUUCUUGAUUUUGCUUACGCAGCAUUUCCCUCCUCUCUUGCGUUUCCUUUCACUUGAGGUGUUUCCAACGACGAUGAGCUUGUUUUACCAAACUUUCAUGCGAGCAUCACUGAACUGUUACGUGGAAGGUUCGCUUUACUUUAAAGAGAAGAUGUCGCGAACGGCCAUUUGAAUUGAGCUGGCGACAAAGUUACUCUUCCAUUAGAGAUGUUUUCUAUCCCUGAGAGUAGAAGUAUAAUUUCCUGUCAAACAUUGUCAAGCAAAGCAGGAUUUAAUCAAGGCGGGAUUUCUUGUUGACCCUUUCAUGAAACCACUCGGCAAAUCGACACAGGACCUUGUCCGUAACUAUAUUACAUCGGUAUCAUAGCAUCUAAACCACAAGUUCUAAUUAUAUACAUGGAUUACUAUGACUUAAACCGAUUUAUUAGAUUACAGUCAACUAUGUUGGUCUUUAAAAGAAAGGUUCCUUUAAAACCCAUCGUUGAGAUCUUUCAGACUAUUAAGCUUUUCUGAAUUCGCCAAUCGUGCAAUGCGCCACGUUUGACUCCAUAACGAAAGCAAAGAAUACCGAGGUGAAGUACACCAGUAAAAGAAAUUUGAAGACAGUUUCCGCAUGAUUUUAAGAUCACAUUAAUGGAAUUGAUUUUUCUCGGAAGCCCUUUUUUGACUUCUUCCUUCUAAAAAUUUAAUAGUAAUGUUCCCGAGCUGAACACUUUUUUAAUUCGCAUUAAAACGUCUUGGGUGGAAUCUAGUGGGUCUAAACUACUCUGGAACCACUUCCAUCUCAUUAGAAACAUGCAGGAAGGAAUAUUGCUUCAAGUAUUUAAUUAAAGAUUCUCAAAAAUUUCUUGUCUCUGACACUCUGACCUGUAUCAACUGCUCCGAAUUCCGAGAUCAUUGUAGUACCAUAAACAUAGCCAAGGACUCGAUGUAUUUAAUCAGACAGCUUUCAGCUAACUACUAUGAAAUGACAAUUUUAAGUGCACCACUGAGAGAUAAAUUGACUUCGAGUCGGUGUUGACAGAUGGAUAAAUAAAGUUCACCUGCAAUGGAAUCGUCACGUGAGGAAAGGGCAUUACUAUACUUACCGUAUUAAACACCUCCUCAAGCAUGAAAUUAGACAUGGUAAAAUUCCACAGAGCAGUUCAGAGUUUGGCAACUCCAUGUGAAAAUGUCACUGAAAUCUUGAUAUUUUAGGCUUAAACACGUUCACUCCCAGAAUGAGUGAUAUCCUUUAAGUCUGUGAACGUAAUCCCAUGAUGUGACCCGAUAAAACCACUUCUUCAGUAGUUUCCUAUGGUGCUAUUAGGUUCUCAGCAUUUAAAAAAAAAAAACAACUGAAUUAUGGUUGACUUGGGCCGUUUCUGUGAGUGAAAAGCCAGUUCACUUCUCCACUAUUUAGGUCCCUAUUUGGAGGCCUUCCUUGGGUGACCCUUGUGUGAGGCACUUUUAAGGAUGGCCGUGUUGCUUUGGCCUCACACUUUCCUUAUUACUAAAGCGCCUGAGUUGGCACCCUGUUUUAGAGAGUCCAUUUUAAACUAAACCUUCGUUCGGUCUUUUUAUAAAAUUCUCUGGCGAGCGAAGAACGUCAACUAGUUUGGUGAACAAAGCAGAUAAAGGUCAUUAGUUACCCCGGCGCUGGUUAGUAAUGAAAAUUGCCGACCAUUGAGUGCUGAGCGAGACACCUAACGGUGGAGUUGACGUUUAUUGAAGUUUUCCUGUGAUUUUUCUGGUUGAUCCUCAUCGCUGUUGACCUCAAUGGACCCGGAAUUCUACGCGACGUACCUUACAUUGACCAGAAUGUAUGAAUUCCGAUUUCUAUGUAUUGGAUUCGAUAUUACUUACAGACAGCCGUUCACGUGCCAUCACGUGAUAGUUUGAUUAUUUUCCUCCCAUUUUCACCGCGGAUUAGUGAACGUGCAAUUAUGCAGCUACAAAAACCUUUCUUCAGUAUAAACUAACCAUCCCUACCUCAUUUAGAAACUUCUACCAGUUUCGUCGCGGCGUUUCAUCUUACCUAUGGCAAUAUCAACAAGAAUGCCGUAAAUUUAAAGUCACAAAAAAAAUUCAUUUCCCGAAAAAUUCAGCGAGAUCGAAAUUCAGAGAUUCAGCGAAAUUACGACGGCCUGUUUUUGCCAAAGGCAAACUAUUUUUAUCUUGCUGGGCCCCUAUCAAGCCAAGCAUUGACUUGCCCUUAAUGAGUUUGUUUUCACCAACGUAUUACAAUUUUCAGCUGAUUGCAACAACGCCCAGUUUUUUUUCUGGAAAGAAGCCCUCUAGAUUAGGGUUUUAUUAGUUGACCUUAAAAUCAUUAUUAAUGUUCUUGUUGAUGACAUGGUAUCUAAUCGUUCUUUUCAACUGCGUAUCCGUUGCACCAGAAAAGAUGAUAAACCGAUAAAAAACACGAAACGAAGUGAGCGGAAUGUUCACAACGACCGUGAUUAUCAUAUAUUCACCAGUUUCCCUUUCGAAAAUAAAGUGUUUUUGCUGAAAUUCUAAAACCCCGCUGUUAACAGUUUUGAGUUCAUCAUCGCUUUAAUUGCGCUAGGAUAUAGAGUAGCUUUUGAUUUGCUUUCGUAAUGAAAGCAGUGCCAUCUCUUCAUAGGAAAAACGUUGUUUUUCUCAGUCAUGCGACCAUGUCCGUCUAGAUACUCGUAACUGGCCAUAUGAAAUCCUAAUCAGUGAGAGUGAUCAAUCUGGAAAUGCAAUCACAAUAAAAAAUUGAGAGAUUAUCAUGAACAAAGUUAUUGAAUAUAAAAGGGUCUUUCCGUCGGUCAAUGAGUUGAUUCAAAAGCCCAACUUCCUCAAAAACGACUCAGGUGAUUAAUCAUAGUACUGUUUUUCGAAUUACCCACUGAAGUGUUCUAAUCACUUUUAAACAACACAUGACAAUGUGAAUGCAUUCUUCUUCCUAUCAAAGAAGAACUAUUGCAAGUGAAAUGAGACUCUGUUGUGAUUGUUCUAGCAUAUUCCGAAAACAUAUAUAUAUAUAUAUAUUUUUUUAAAAAAAAUAGAUAUAAGGCUUCAGAUUCUCUGACAUUUCGGUAAUUGGAAAUAGGUGUUCGUGGAAGCACCGCCGGUCUCAUAAAGAAAUGCAUUAAAAAUACACUUUAUUAGAGUUGUUGUGCGCUUCAAUGAGCUCAUCUUUCACUAAUUUAACACUAAUUGAGUCUGAAAAAGUUAGUUAAAAACCGACUAGGCAAUUACGAAGUUUUAUGGGUCAGUGGUGAUAAGUUACGUCUACUUUACGGCCUGUUGUAUAAGUUUGAAAAUCAAACGGUAUUAUUCAAGCAGCUAAAGCACCGAAGCAACUUAACUGAACUAUUCAAAACAUUGAAUAGUUCUUCUGAGCUGGUUUGUUACGAGCGUGCUAAGAAAAAUUGGUAACCUAUAAAUCCGACAAAUGUUGGUGUGUCACCUCAGCCUCCGUGCGACCUUCCGUCCACUCCCUCCAUUUAUUUUUAGUCACAUUUUCCCAGACAUAAAAGAAGAAUAGGGUUAGGGUGAGGAUUUGCUUUCUUUUAUAAAGUGAUAUACGCCAUCCAUAUCAGUGUUGGCUGAAAGCUGUCAAAAUGGGUAUCUUGUGGGCGGGCCCAGGUACAAUACCCAUUGAGAGUAUACAUUUUCUUUUCAAACAGAUUUCUCUCCCAAGGGAGUAUUUUCUUUAGGAUAGUGGCCACAAGCUUAUUGUUCUUUUUUAGUGGUGAUGAUUUGUUUGUUCCAAGUUAACGUUUAUAAAGGGUCACGUAGCAGCUGCUAAGAAGAGAAGUCUCCAAUGGUGCGUUUCCCUGACCCAAUUGGAAGAAUGACAAGUCAUUUUUUCCUGCAACCAAUUAGGAGAGACCUCCCGAGCGGCUCAUUCCUCCACUACUCUUUAUAACAUUGAUAUUUAACAGGAGCCCCACUUUUGGGUUGGAAAAAUCAAUAUGCUACCCACAGUUAGAAUCAACAACAAUGACAAUAACAAAGACAAUGGCAUUGACAGGGGCAAAGGUAGUAUCUGGGAUAGUGACAAUAACAAUGACAUUGACACUGGCAGUAACAAUGACAAGCGCAAUGCUAUUGGAAAGGUCGAUGCUAAUGACAAUACCCACGCUAUGCCAGCGCUAUUGACUCUGUUUUAGAUAGCCUGCGAGUAAUUCUAUUAUUUCUACAUGUAAUAACAAAUUCACUAAUAUUUGGGUUAAUUCUGUUUUAGGCCAACCGGAAAAUAGAGCCAGUUUUUGAACAUCCUAUGGUAAGUGCUUCUGAAAGAGUAUUGAUGGUAAAAGUUCUUGGAUCCUGGCUUCAUUUAAUUCUCACGUCAGUUAAUGCCGUUGGAAAUUAAAGGGGCACUGGCAUUCGAUAACUAUGUGCAAACCAACAUGUGAGGGACUGUCAACGCUUUCACUUUCCCCUCUCCCUAAAGGAGGCUCCCAUUCAAACGCCUGUCACACUGAAACGCGUGCAAGCAAUUCGGUUAUGCGCAUGAGUUAAGUGCUGCCAUAGCGCGAGGCAUUGUGUGGUGUUACCAUUGUGAUUCAGAUGGCUCAACUCACGACCACAAUUCACUUAAUUGUGACUGGUUGAUAAUGGGUUAGUAAAGGAGAGUCAGCAAAACGCCGACUCAGUUUGGAGUCCAUUCUUCUUUUGUUUCGUUUUCUCAUUUAUUGAGGAAACAAAGGAAGAAAAAGAAGAAGAAUGAAAAAACAAUAGUCAAAGAGCAGAAGACUCCAAUUUACUACGGUCCUAUUUAUAUGGAAGUCGGGGACGCCGGAUUGGUGAAGUCAUCCUCUUAGGUGGGGUAACCCACCUGUACAUAUAAUUUCUCAGAUUAAUUUGAUCUUUUUUACAUAAUAGUUGUAGUGACCCGCCGAGGCAGGGAAGACCGGGCAAUCCUCUCAACCAAGGUGGGGUAACCCGCCUAGCCCACCUCAGGGCUCCCCCACAUCCAUGUAAACAGGCCUCAAAUACAAAUCUUAAACUGAUUCAUCAAUUUCCUCUCUAGAAUUCAGCCCACGGAGGGAAGUCGCGUAGCGAAUAUUCCUGGGAUGAUGCUGUCAGCAGUCUUUGUCGCGGAGCUAACGUUUAUCGCUUUUUGACCGAGGAUCCACUCCACGAGGAAAACACAAGUACCAACGGCAGUAAGUAUAAUGACGUCCGACAAUGUCUUUGUGAAAUGUGUGCUAAUAGUAACACCUGGGCCCAGUUGUUCGAAGGCCGAUUAGCGCUUAACCCAGGGUUAAAUUUAACCCGGCUUUCUUUUUCUUUGUUCAAAAGCAUUUUCUCGGAUAAUUUUCUCUGUUAUUCUUAAGAGUAUCCAAUCAUCAACCUGUUGACAGAAAGAAUAAAAAUGAAUUUACUUUUUAAGCUUUCAAAUCUGAUUUCAAAUUUCGCACUAACCCUGGGUUAUCUUAACCCAGCUUUGAACAACCUGGCCCUGUUCUACCAGCCAGGCCUAUUGCUACAAAUACAGCAUUGACACUGUUUUAAAUUUAAUAUUAAAAAAUUAAAUUAUAUAAAUUCAGAAUGCUCUUGGCUAGUUUUGUCAUAUUGGCAUAUGAAAUUUUCCCAGCUAACUUCAGUAUUCUUUUGAACACAUGACAUAAACUAUAAUUAUAUAACAAACGUUUGACGUAGUUCUCUCUUACUCUCACCCAGCUUCAAAAAACUCCACCAACAUCACCACAGUAGCCCCAACUACCCAAGCUACCAAUGCAAGUUCACCCAGACCACAGCAUGCCCUCCCUAGAAGAAACAGACAGCGCCGCGGGGGACCAUUCAACAAAUUUUUAAGGCAGAUGAAGAGGAGACAAAACGCCAACAACAAUUCAUCUUGCAGUGGUCUCGAGGCAUGCACUCGUAUUUGUGUGGGGCAGAACGAGAGGCCCACGAAUGUAUCCGAUUGCAGUACUUUCAAAAUCCACUGUACAAUCUACAACAGGGCCAAAAAAGGCAGAAAACAUAAGGGAAAGAGUAAAAGGAGAAAUGGAAAGUCGGGGAAAUGA